CGCUUCGCUCUUGUUUCGCCGUUCUGAAAGCAAAAAGAGUUCCCACAACAACGCGCUCUCGCGCAAGCGUUCCUAUCUUUGUUUAUGCGCAUUUUUCUGUGGACUCGAAUUCGGUAUUAAAUUUUAUUCCCGCGGCACCGGAAAUUACCGUUACAGGUAGUAACGCUUGGAGGAUAAAGACUCCGUCGGAUAUGGCACCAACCAAACAGCCACAGCAGCACCACACCGUUAGUACCAUGUUUCAACUGAGCACCAACUACGAAGAGCUGAAUGUGAUUGGAACAGGGGCAUACGGCACUGUAUAUAAGGCGCGUGAUCUGAGCAAUGAAGGAAACAUAGUUGCUCUUAAGAAGGUUCGGGUGGCUCUGACCGAAGAUGGAGUACCAAUGUCGACACUGCGGGAGAUUGCACUGUUGAAACAGUUGGACGCUUUCCAACAUCCAAAUGUCGUAAAAUUGUUGGAUGUUUGCCAUGGACCGCGUCUAGAACGCGAGGGGCAGUUAGUACUGUUCCUGGUGUUUGAACACCUUGAACAGGAUUUAGACGACUUCAUCAAACGACUUCCCCCUGGAGGAAUGCCUCGUAUGACCAUUCAACGCCUUUCCCGUGAACUGCUCACCGGUGUCGAUUUUUUGCACUCGCACCGAAUCAUCCAUCGUGACUUGAAACCGCAGAACCUCCUCAUCUCAGCUCAAGGCCAGCUGAAGCUGGCCGACUUUGGUUUGGCGAAAACGUACGAUUUCGAAAUGAAGCUGACUACGGUGGUCGUCACGCUCUGGUAUCGCGCCCCAGAAGUGCUGCUCGGCGAACCUUAUCACAGUUCGGUCGACAUCUGGAGUUCGGGCUGCAUUAUUGCCGAAAUGUUCCAGAGAGUCGCAUUGUUCCCGGGAACAUCAGAAGGCAAUCAGCUGGAGAAAAUUUUCGAAUUAACCGGAAGACCUUCAGAGAGCCAAUGGCCGAGGGGCAUAUCGGUGGCGCGGGAAAAUUUCCGAGCCACCCAACCACGGGAGCCACGUGACCUUUGCUCAAAGCUGUGUGAUUUCUCCAACGAUUUGGUCAAGAAAAUGCUCGCAUUCAAUCCACGGGAAAGGCCUUCCGCUUUGCAGUGCCUCCAGCAUCCCUACUUUACGCAAGAACCGAUGUGACGGAUGCUGAAUACCGAGUUCCACAACUAGAUACGUUCUAUAAAAGAUAAAUGGUGGUACAUAUAAGAACGUAUAUACAUAUUACUGCCAUAUGAGCAUCAUACUUAGAAAGGUAAGUGACCGCCUAUGAUUGCAUGUCAGCCCCAUAUGAACUUUCACCGUUUUCGAGUUUGAUUCAUUAUUAGCCAUUAUUUCUAAAUUAUUGACUGUUUCAUUAAAAAGAUGGGUUUGAAAAACUGGAAAAUAUCAAGCCAUUUGUCACAAAUUAAAAAUAAUCACAUUAUAAUGCGUGCAUUGCAACAGCAUGUGAACGAUUUAAUAAUUCGAAAAAUGUAUUUGGAUUUAACCACUCUACUUCGUUAAGAAAAUUAUUUUGAGAUUUUUAGUGGAAUGUCUUCACUUGUCUUAUGACAAGUGGGCACUCUACUUCGAUACGUUUCAAAUACAAGAGGCAGAGACGCGAAACGUGUGAUUUGCCGCUAAACUACGAAGGGCAUCCAAAGCCAAACACCCGUCUGGCGUACUGGGGCUGGAUACUCGGUCCCAACUAAGAAUAAAGGUUGCUUGCAAUACAUUUUCCGAAUUAAAUCUAAUAGGUACAUGCUGUGCCCAUCGAGUUACUAAACAUUGCAAAUAUGCUUGUUUGGUUUGUUUUUCGAAUUCCUGUUUUUAGAGGUGGAGCUGCUAUGCGAUCAUAGCCACAGAUUUCAAAGGAUAUGCGAAAUUCAGAGGUUUCAUAUACGUUAGCAUAAGAUAAAGUAAUUCCUCAUGAAGGAAUGAAGCAGGAUUAAUGCAGAAUAUUGGUGUCCAAAAAAGAAUCGUUUUACAAUAUAUGUAGGAAACUGAUGGUUGUUCCCGUCAGGCUAUUGCUCUGGCACAUGGAAAGGCAAUUUAACUAUUUUUGAUAGUUGUUUUAUCGUUUAUCAUUAUAAACCAUUUUGUAUACAAUCAAAUGAUACAAUA